AUGUGCCGAGUGGGCCACCUCGACCCCGGCAGCCACCGAACGGUGCUGAUGAAAACGGGGCUCAUCCUCCUCAUCGUCGGGCACCUCAUCUUCAUCAGCGGGGCGCUGGUGCACGGCACCGUGCUGCGCUUCGUGCUCACCGCCCGCGACGCCACCUCCCUGCACUACGGGGUCACCAACAGCGCCGCUGCCAUCGCUGCGCUGCUGACCAUCUCCUGUGGAGUCUGUGCCCUGCUGCUCUCCCGGUACCUCGGCCCCGCUGCCCUGAAAUGGGCUCUGCUGGCCCUGAGCGCCUGCAGCAGCCUCUGCUGCCUCUGCUGCCUGCUGGGGCUGCUCGUGGCCAUCGGGCUGACCCUGGGCACCCAGGGCCGGGUGCUGCUGGGCCCCUGCUCCGUCGGCACUGCCACCCUGGCCCCCGUGUCCCGCGAGUGCCCCUUCGACCCCACCCGCGUCUACAGCUCCACGCUGUCCCUCUGGGUCAUCUCCCUCCUGCUGGAGGCCAUGGGCAUCUUCUUCAGCAUCCGCUGCCUCCUGCUCACCCUGGAGCUCCUGCGCCUGGGCUGCUGCUGCCGCGGGAUGCUCCGGAUGAAGGUCUCUCUGCAGGAAGCCCCUGUGGAGAGCCCCGGCCCUGGGCAGUGCCUGGCCUUGCUGAGACUGGACAGUGGAGAAAUUGCCCGGCUCUGA